AUACAUCGCUACGGUUGAAGAAGGUUCUUUAGAAGGAGCAGGAUCCCAGAAUGGCCGUUUGGGGGAAAGUGAAAAUUGCCAGCACCACCACCACCUCCAAAGCUCCGUUGGCGCGCACUCCAAGCAAAGCCGGUUCAUUGUUCAGCGAAACGCUGACGGCAGCCCUAGGAAAGCGUAAGAGUAAGUUCAAGGAUAUUACCGACGAGCUUAACCAGCACAUCAACAACGAGGAGCGGGAGGAGCUGUAUCAGCGGCCACUGUUCAACGCGGACAAGAUCCGGCGCAUGAUGGAACGCAUCGUCGAGAAGCAGUUCGAUGUGGAUGAGGAGGAAAUGCGCUACGUGUACAAUCCGGCCAAAAAUCUCAAGAUGUGCCAGAACAUCUCCAAGCAGAUCAAGGAUCGGAUGAAGGCGAUGAACUUUAAACGGCACCGCAUCAUCAGCAUUGCAACGAUCGUGGAGAAACAGCAGCAAGGCAUACACUACAAGAUGAAGUACAUCCUCGAUCCCAAGUUGGACGAUUACGUACGAUUGUAUCACGAAACGCCACACUUUUACAUUAUCGCGACGGUGUUACUCGUGCACAAGGAUUAGGAACGCACGGACCUUUGCCAACGAAGAAGAUCCUUUUGUGUGGUUCCGAUUGGUUUUUUAGAUAGGAAAAUUAGAAAAUAAGAAAUCUCCAGAUCGCGAUCACGGUAGACGAGUUCAGUGUCUAUAGUAACCUUGACUUGGAUACGCUGUUCCCUGUUGACAGACGGUUUUCCGCCGCCUACUUAGGAUCCUAGUAGUAGUGGUAGCAGUACGUGGCGUGGCCCUGUUUGUUUGUGUUAACCGCGUGUAGUCUGAUGCGGAGUGAAAAAAACAUCAGGCCCUGUUUCUGCCUCCACUAAAACGAGCCUGCUUUUCCUCGAUGGAAAUUCUGUUUCGAACCGCGCCAGCAUUCCCGGCACACGAGACCACUGUCCAUGGUGCAUGGAUUGAGUGAAGAUGACGUCCACCGAGCUAGAUGUGCCGAAAAUCGAGAUCAGCUUCGACACACCGAACCGGAAACGCUUCCUGCGGCGGGAUGACUUUCACACCAAGCGCGAAUCGUACGCGAUUCUGGGACGCGGCAGCUACGGUGUCGUCAUCAAGGCGUCCUACCGGGGUCGUCCAGUUGCAGUGAAGAUCCUCGAAAAACGUACACACCGCCACCGGUGUCGCUACGACUCGCUGCUGAACGAAGCGAAUGCACUGAACCUCCAGCACGAUAACAUUGUGACCGUGCUGAAGAUUGUGGCCGGUGCUCAGUACGGGUUUGUGCUGAUGGAACGGUUCGAUGGGUACUGCCUGCAGCAAAUUAUCGGCCACCAGCGCAACGAACCGAUCGCGGUUCAGCACAAACUGUUGAUUAUGUGCGACAUUAUAAGUGGAUUGUGUUUCUGCCACCGGCACAACAUCGUGCACCUGGACGUGAAGCCACAGAACGUGAUCGUAACGGUGAUCGACGGUGCGUCCACUCAGUCCUCCUGCCAGCCUCUGCGCCAGUAUCUCUGCAAGCUGUGCGAUUUCGGCUCAUCGAUGAUGCUCGAUCCGUGGCAGCGCAACGAAACCCUAGUCAACCGUGGCACGAUCCGGUACAUGGCGCCGGAGCUGCUACGCGGCCAGCAUCGCACCGAGGGCGGAUUUACCGAGCGUGCCGACAUCUACUCGUUCGGCGUCACCAUGUGGCAGCUGGACGAGGGACGCUUUCCGUACGAAGACAUUACCUGCAACGAGGUGAUUGCGUACAAUGUGGUCAAGAAGGGACUGCGCCCGGAUAGCGUUACCAGCGUAGCGUUCGGUCGUCGCAUAACCAAUCUGCCGGUAGGGUUGCGCGAUAUCGGCUGUCUUCAUGGCAGCCUUCGGGCACCGAUAUCCCUGACCGGGGGGAUGAAUCUGACCGGCCACUUCGAAUCCGAUGCCGUGGACGACGUGCUCAAGCGUCAGGGCAUCGUGGUGGAGUACGAUCGGGGCGUGCGGCGUAAAGCAGGGCGCAAGAAAAGCCCACGUCACGGUGCAAUUUGGCCGGACACCGAGUCAACCGAGCCGGAGCUCAACGGCGCAAAGAUUAACACCAUUUUUAGCGAUCAUUUUAGCAUUCCGAACAACGAGCGCAUCCGGCUCCGACAGAUGAUUCGCACGCUGUACAGCAAGUGUUGGAUUAGCGAUCCAGCGUCCCGGCCCGAUGCGUGUACGGUCCGUGCAACGAUUCAUCAAGCGCUGGAGAAGCUAAUCCUUUGCAAGUGUGCGAGGAAGUAAGCUUGAGGGGGGGAGAGGGCGAUUUUCUUGUUCUGGAUUGGUGUAUGUACGUUUGUGUUUGUUUCGUCCCUGUUUUCCGAGAACCGCGGAAUAGUGUUUUCUAUGUGUGUACAUUAAUUUAAUAAUUAAGGUAAAUUAUUAAACGUGUGUUAGUCCGGUAAGCGCAGCUAGUUGUAAAAUUGUCAGUGUGUGGCAGGUGUGUGUUGUUGUUUUUUUUAUAAGCAAACAUUUCUUAUAAAGGGAAUCGAUCUUUAGCUUUUGUUUUCGGCGAAUAAAUCAUUUUGUGUGAUUUUAGCAUAUUUCAAGCG